AUGUGUAAUGAAGACAUUGUAAAACAAGCGUGGAUAUCUUACAAGACAAUUCCCAUAAAGCUUUUGCUCAUGUCCACAAGCCCCAGAAGGUUUGCACAAACCCCUAACUUCAACGUGUCUCUCGGGCAAGUUUCCAUAGCUGGCGCUGAUGCUGGUGUUAUUGGUGAUGGUGCCAGUGUUGGUGGUGCUGGUAUUAUUGGUGCUGGUGAUGGUGUUAUUGGUGUUGGUGUCGGUGUUAGUGUUGGUAGUGCUGACGGUGGUAUUAUUGGUGUUGGUGCCAGUGUUGGUGGUGCUGGUAUUAUUGGUGUAGGUGCCGGUGUUAGUGGUACUGGUGAUGGUGUUAUUGGUGUAGGUGCCGAUGUUAGUGGUGCUGGUGAUGGUGUUAUUGGUGUUGGUGCCGGUGUUAGUGUUGGUAGUGCUGACGGUGGUAUUAUUGGUGUUGGUGCCAGUGUUGGUGGUGCUGGUAUUAUUGGUGUAGGUGCCGGUGUUAGUGGAGCUGGUGAUGGUGAUGGUGUUAUUGGUGUUGGUGUUGGUAGUGCUGACGGUGGUAUUAUUGGUGUUGGUGCCAGUGUUGGUGGUGCCGGUAUCAUUGGUGUUGGUGUAGGUGUUAAUAGUGCUGGUGUUGGUGUUAGUGGUGCUAGUGUUAUUGGUGUGGGUGCUAGUGUUGGUGCUUGUGCCGGUGUCGAUGGUGCUAAUGCUGGUGUUGGUGCCGGGGUCAGUGGUGCUAGUGCUGGUGUUGGUGGUGCCGGUGCUAGUACUGUCGGUGUUGGUGCCAGUAUUGGUGGUGAUGGUGCUGGUGUUAUUGAUGUUGGUGCCGGUGUUGGUGGUGUUGGGCAUGGUGGUGGUGUUGGUGGUGGUUUGCAUGUACCGCAAGCACUAGAGAAUGUUGAAGAGCAGAGAAGGACUGAAUAG